AUGUCCGGCCGCAGACAGAAAGUGAUGGUUCCGCCCAUCAACCAGCUCUUCAAGUAUCUCCAGCAGCAGUCGCGCGUGACGGUCUGGCUGUACGAGCAGACGGGCGUGCGAAUUGCGGGCGUGAUCCGCGGGUUCGAUGAGUUCAUGAACGUCGUGUUGGAUGAAGCGGUAGAGGUCGACACGGCUACGAAGAAAGAGCGCAAACUGGGCAGAAUUCUGUUGAAGGGCGACAACAUCACGCUGAUAAGCGGCCAAUAG